GGCAUCACAGGACAGGGACAGCGUGUGUCGGUAGGAAACCAGCGACGGGCCUUGCGCGGCUGGAGCAGCUCAUUUGUCACAGAAGGCUGGCAGCAAGCUGGUUCUGUGUUGGGUGUCAGCACUAACACCGUUUCCUACCGCUGAUUUGAAAUGCAGAGCGGCUGUUAGUUAGACACAGUGACGUUCAAACAGAAGCUUACUACAGAAAGUAAAGAUGAGUCUACGGAAGCAAACCCCCAGUGACUUCCUAAAACAGAUCAUUGGCAGGCCAGUUGUUGUAAAAUUAAAUUCUGGAGUUGAUUAUCGAGGUGUCCUGGCUUGCCUGGAUGGGUAUAUGAAUAUAGCUCUGGAACAGACUGAAGAAUAUGUAAAUGGACAAUUAAAGAACAAGUAUGGGGAUGCAUUUAUCCGAGGAAAUAAUGUAUUGUACAUAAGUACGCAGAAGAGGAGGAUGUGAAGAUGCCAGAAGGAGGCCAUUUUGUACUUGUGAACCUCUUUGAAAUGAUGAGCCCUCUUUGAUUUGUAGUGGAUAAUCCACAGAUGAAAUACACAAGUGUUUAAACUUUUUUUUUAAAUAAAUGUAAACCAGUGUAAACUUCCUGGAUAUUUUUGUUUCAAAGCAUUGCUUGGUUAUGCUGCACAGAAAAAAAAAAUAAAGCAAGAAGCAUGUAAUAGUGCCACAAGAGUAA